AUGUCAAAGGUUUGCCUGAAAGGCAUCAAGAUUAUUGGCAAGUGUUUCCUGGCCGAUGCCGCUAAGAAGAACUACCACACAGCCUACGAUGAUUGCAUUGCUAAAGGGGGCACAAUCAGCACCCCUCUGACAGGGGAUGACAACGAUCAACUCGUCAACUACGUCCGCCGGAGCAUCGGCCCAGAGGAACACAUUUGGCUGGGCAUCAAUGACAUGGUGACUGAGGGGGAAUGGCUCGACCAGGCGGGCACCAACCUGCGCUUUAAGAACUGGGAGACUGACAUUACCAACCACGGUGGACGUACCCACAACUGUGCCAUUCUUUCCACCACUGCCAAUGGAAAGUGGUUCGAUGAGAGCUGUCGUGCUGAGAAGGUGUCUGUCUGCGAGUUCAACAUCGUCUGAGAGCCAAAUACUUUUAUUCUGUUGUAUCAGUCUCAACAUCUACACUAUAUGGAAAUAUAAUGCAUGCACAAUAAUCUCUGUACUAUCUGUAUUAUAACCUCACCACUGUGGUUUGAAAUGUGGAAAUGUGGAACCAACAUGAUUAAAAGUAACCUAUUUUACACAAAAAAUCCAUUGCUGCAAGGGAUGCUACACAGUACUAUUAUGCCCUCUUUAUACAUUAAUAUUCUUUCAGACUUUUUAAAAUGUGUAAUUUAUUAGGAUCCCCAAUGGCAACAGCUAGUCUGACUGGGGUCCGACAAAUAACGAAGAAGACAUUACUGAAAAAAUACUUUACAAUUUACAUACAUUUAAAAAUAUGAACAUGUAGUGUGCGUGUGUGUUUGCAUCUAUCAUUUACACAUACAUGGCAGUACAUACACAACAAGUAGGUCACAUGGGGGAUAGGUGUUGUGCGGUGAGGUGUUGGAUUUAUUAUUAAUUUUUAAAACCAGGUUUGCUGUUCACAU